GUCACCCAGGAGCGCCACUGGUGUUUCUCCUGCUGUGUUGCACUGAGAUGGACGGAACUUGUCAACCCUGAGUCCCGAUGCGGCCCAAUUUGUAUUCAAUUAAAUUGAUAACAAACGAAAAACAAGGGUGGAAUGAGAUGUGGAGCAAUAGGUGAGGGCUGUCAGCAGGAGGUUCCCAGAGCUGUAUUGCGUGGCCUUACCCCCCCUGCUGACACACACUGCUCCCUCUGCAUCCCGACGACAGAGAGGUAAAGAGAAAACCCUCACAAGACAUCCCCUUCAGCAAAACCAACCAUGAAACCUGCCCACGAACGCAACCAGGAGAGCCUCCCCCCAAAGAAGCGGGACUUGCCACUGAACAGCAGCGGAGGUGGGGACGAGUCGACGUCCACUCGCAGUUCGGGCUCGACUGGGAGCGAUGCCCCUGGCACUGCCAUGGCUGGGGAAUGGAUGCGAGUCCAGACAGGACUGCCGUACAGCGUGGAGAGCUCUGAAAGUAUGGCUGUGCCCAUAGACCAGUACGGCAUGCUUUACAAAGUCGCCCUCCCCUCAGGCACCUACUCUCCAAACAGCCUGCACCAGGUCUUGAACAUGGGCCACCUUUCUCCUGCCUACAGCAUGCCCUCUCCCCUUCUGCAGCACCCAGGAAUCCCCUAUCCCCCAAUGGGCUAUGCCCAGAUUCCCCAUUCCUCCCUGCAGUUUGUAGGCGCUCCCUAUGCUGUCCCGUACGCUGUGCCUCCUGGCUUUGUUCCCAGCUCCUUAAUCUCGCCCCAGGCUGCUAUCCCCCAACAGCAUCAUGUUUCCCAUCUGGUUCCCUACCCUUCAGUUAUCCAGGAGGAAGUCAUUGCCCCUCCCCCACAGCCUCAGUCCUCAGCCCAUGCUUUCACUAAAGUGGCCACAGCAGCAGGCCUUUCCGUGGUCCUAGCCUCUGAUCAUGCCACACAGCAGCAGCACAUUGGAGCAGUUGCAGGGCUCUCUGCGACUGAAAUCAGUCCCAGAGGAGUGCCAGUCUAUUACCACCACGCCAGUUCUAGGGCUCCCCCUACUGCUGUGACAGCUCCUGUUUACAGAGAUGUUUUGAGCCAUCAUGAUCAGGGGUUGGUGGCUGCUUCCCAGCAUGAGAGGGGGAAAGUGGUGAACGGAAGUGAGGAGGACCAAGGGGGCAGAGAGCUGCUGCAGGAAUUGCUGUACUCCGGCAGGAACAUGCAAGUCCUCCACGUAGUGGCCAGCACAGCCGGGGCAGAGGGCUUUGUGGAUGGGCAGCACACCACUCAACAGCAAACCCCCCUAGAGGAGAGGCCAUCCCCCAGCCACAGGAGCACCCCCGACACUGACCUGGAGGUGCAGCAAGUGGUGGGGCGCCUGGCUUCUCCAAAUCAGAACAUCCUGGCAAAUCGUAAAGAAGCCUCCUCCGGCCCCCUGAACCUAUCACAGGGCUCUCAUCGGAGCAGAGAGAUCCUGCCUGCAGCCCAGGGUCGAGGUGCUGUCAGAGAGGAGACUCUGUUGCCAGGCUGGACUGCAUUCGGUGGGCAUGCUGGAGUUCAGGGCGACCCAAGAAUACAACAGCAGCAGCAACCACACCACCAGUCCUCGCCACAGCACCACGCUGUGAUCCUGGCGAAUGGGCAGCCUGUAUUGGUGCCUCUGGAGCAGAACCAGCAACUCCAGCAGCAGCAACUUCCCAGGUUACUAAACAACAUAACAACCACAACCACCACAGCAGUGGCAGUCCCAAAGGCCUCCGAACCUCUGACUCGAACAUGCACCCCAGAGAGGGUGGUGGCAGCAGUGGAUGUUGCAGCCCAGCAGCAGAGACAGCCAGUAUCGGACCAGGCGCCUGUCACCCCUCCCCCUUCCCACUUCAUGAAGGGAGCCAUCAUCCAGUUAGCCAACGGGGAGCUGAAGCGAGUGGAGGACCUACAGACCCAAGACUUUGUGCGCAGUGCCGAGAUGAGUGGCGGUCUCAAGAUUGACUCCAGCAUGGUGGUGGACAUCCGCAAGAGCCAGCAGCGGCCUGGUUUGAUGGCCCUCCAGUUCACAGUCGGGGAGCAGCAGAACAAAGUGGCCAUUGAUGUCCCCCCUGAGCACCCUUUCUUUGUUUUCGGCCAGGGCUGGUCAUCCUGUAGUCCUGACCGGACGGUCCAACUGUAUGGGCUGUCUUGCCACCGAUUACAAGCAGGGGAUGUGUGUAUCUCGCUCACCUUGCAGCAGCAAGCACAAACAAGGACACCCACAAUUACUGCUAAUGUCAAUAAUGCUGGUGUCUCCCAGCCCAUGGGACCCCCAGCCUCCCAGCAAUUGAGGGCCCCCAGCCAGUUCAGAGCUGACAGGACUCACAGGGAGCGAGAGGAUGAAGAGGAAGCAAUGCAGUCGGGGGGAGCGGGAUCAGGGGAGACAGCACUCCAGACUGUUAGGACAUUUGCGAACCAGCCCAGAGGCCAGACCAAUUAUUAUUUGCACACAGAGAGCCAUUCCCAGGCAGGAGGGGAGCAGUUGCACACAACAAUUGCGGCUCAGCGGCGUUGGUCGGCGCCCGGUUUCCAAAGAUACGGGACCAGGAGCGAGGAAUCAGCCCAGCCUUCCUCCUCAUCCUCUGGCUCCUCCAGGCCUUCCUUCAUCCCUCAGGAGGUCAAAUUGUCCAUCGAGGGACGCUCCAACGCGGGGAAGUAGCAGCAGCAAGAGAUUGUUGUGAGUGAUUGAGAGAGAGAGAGUGUGGCCUCAGAAUGCUUGAAUUUGCACACAAGAAGACAGCCACCACGCCCCCCCCCCCCCCAAGUCCUUUUUUUUAUUCAAACAAUUCCUGUUAAACUUUUGGUUUUUAUGUGUAAUUUUUUUCCUUAUAAAGGCCAGUAUGGAUCAUGCACAUUCAAGAUAUGGGAAGAAUUUCACAUUGAUUGAACCAAGAUACAUAAUUUCUGAAAUUAACAGUGGCCUCCUUCAUGGUGCACAUACAAAGAUUCCCACAGACAUUUAAUGUAGCUCCUGGUUGAAACAGAAACACUUGGAUUAUAAUAGUGUUUUCCCCAAACAUUGAAUUUAGGAACCAACUCCCAGUCUUAAGAUCCUUGGGGAUCCCAAACCUAUAUGGUGGUUAAGAUUAAAAAUAAGAGGUAAGCAAGAGUGAAAACAGGUGUGCUUUUAAAAGGGUAUGGAUUUUAUACAAUUUUUGUAAUUUUUGGUAUAAUCAAUUCUUCCCACAUCCAUUAUAGCCCCUCAUAGAUUUCUGCAAACUUCAUUGUCUAUGUGGGUACCUACUGAAAGCAAUAUGACUCGGGAGCCAAUACAGGACCCUACGGAGCUGGCUUUUUCCCAUACCUGCUCCUCUGCAUUGUAUAUUGGGGUGUAUCUGCUGUAGAAUUUUCAUUCGUAGUUCAAUUCCAAACCCUCUUCAUAAAGUUUAGAAACUUGCUGAAUUCUCAGCAUGGUUUGUGAAUGGAUAUUGAACUUAUCCUCCAGUAUUGUUUAGUUUAUGCAUUACUGUUUGGUUCAAUAGGUGCUGACUUAUUCUAUUUGGGUAAGGCUGAGACACUCCAUUUACAAAACUCCAGAUCCCAGCUAGGAAAUGGGCAUUGUCGUGUCACUAUUCGUAAAAGUAGCACUUCCUCCAUGCCAUGACAACCCAUUUUAGGAAUGCUUGAGUGUUGACUGUUCCAUCAUUAAGAAGCUAAUUAAAUGAAGCGAUAUAAGAGUGUUUAAGCAAAGACUAUGCAUCUGCUGGCCUGUGUGUGCUUUGUGAAUGCAGUCAAUGUCAAGCAUGCCUUUUAUUCCCACUGGGUCAUUUCCCUGUAAACUGUCUUGGUGUCUGACUGUUAUGGUGUGGGUUUGUCUGGUUUAAAGAUUGAGAGCAAAAAAGCAGCAAUGACUAUCGGUAGCAAUAGAAGGAAUAAUCUGCCUUGUUUACUAAGAUUUCGAUCCUUUCUUAAAAGUUAUUAUUAUUAUUUGAGGACAAAUCUGGUGCAUUGGAACAUAAUCUUAGUAAAUCCAGCCAAAUAUCUUAAAAAUAAUAAAAAUAUAUAUAUUUUUUAAAAAGGCAUAUGUAAAGUAUAUUAUUAUGUAUUUAAUUUGUGUUGCUGUUUUUAUCCCUCCACUCCUAUAUGUUACCUCUUCACUAGUAGGAAAAGGCUGAUUUGCCAAAGUGAGGAAUAUCCCUUGGUGGUGGUUUGCUCUGUAGCCAGUACGCACGGUUGUUUUGCAGUAGUCUGUCACUGUUAGCAUUUCAGUAAAACCAACUGUCGCAUGUUAGAAGAGAGGGACCCUUGCAAAACAAAUUAAUAAUGAGAUGAAUCGCCUUGAACUAAUAAUGGCUUUAUUACAGAUUAUUUUAUAAUGAACCUUUUAUUUUGAUUUCUGAAUUUGUAUUAUGUGUUGUUUUAGGUGUGGCCCAUGGUCUGCAGUUGCAUUAAAAGUAGUAUCUUUUCCUCAGUAGACCAGUUAUAUUACAGCCUUCUUCAGAUCAGUUAGCCACACAUAUACUUGUGAUAAAGAUAUAUAAAGAAAAGAGUCUUUAGAUAUUUAUUUCUUGAACUUAACUGACUUGUGUGCUUAAUGCUGUUUACAAAUAAUGUAUUAUGUCAUUUUAUGUUAAAGCAUUAAUAAAAAAUAGUCAAGUAAAAAGUGCAAUUAGACUGGGGUACUUCCUAACCCUGCCAUUCCAAUGGAAAUUGUCCAGCAUCAGUGGUAAUUUAUUUAAGAGGCCAUUCAAUAGAAGUCUGCUUUUAACUUUUUAUUUUAGCCUAUAUCUAAACCUGUUUUCAUAAAAAGUUAGCACAUUACCAUUCUGAACUGCAAUGGUAGGACAAUUUUCUUUCCAGCAGGCAGCAGAUUAUCCAGAUUACUGUUUUAUAUUUACUGUAUGUGAUGGUCUUUAGCAUUCCAGACAUCUCCCUGAAUAGGUUUCAGUUAAUGUAAAAUGUGGUGCCUACAAUGUGCCAGCUCCAGAGCUGCAUGUCGUAUGUCUCAUAAUAGCAUUGCA